UACGUCACUAAAUGAGAUUUUUUGUGUAUUCUAAAAUUGCAUGUUUUGCAUACAACGUUACAACGAGUUGGAGCAAUUUUGAUAUUUGUUGCCAAAAACAAAAGGGGAAGCAGUAAUCAUCAUUUGCAACCACAAACGCUCACCACAGCGAGGCACAGCGAAAAGAGAAAGAAUAUAUAAUGGCUGAGAGCAAUUUCGCUGCAACCCAAAGUAGGAGUAUAAUAAUCACAACAACAACAACAACAACAUUAACAACACAAUUAUUAAACAGAGUAAAGCUUCACCGGACCAAUCUUCUUCCAUCCAAGGGCGUCAUUUCAUAUGGGUUUCUGAUUCUUCCGUUUGUCAUCAUCUUCUCCGUUUAUCUUAGCCAACAAGCUAAGAGAAGCAUUUUAAGAGGAGCCCAUCUCUUGAGCAAAUAUCAGAAAUUGUUGUCUGUCUACUGAUAGGUCAUUGCAGGUGUUUUUAGUUUCUGUGGCUGUUGUUGAUCGCUCUCUUUUUUGCUUUGCCGAGAAGGAAGAUGUUGAUUUUUGGUUUGAAGGGAGCAUCUGGGUUUUCCUCUUGUUCCACGGCUGAGGCAGUUACUAAUGGAGUUGAUGCAACUGGCCUCACAGCUAUCGUCACAGGUUCAUCAAGUGGGAUUGGGGUGGAGACAGCAAGAGUCCUUGCUCUGCGAGGUGCUCAUGUGGUUAUGGCUGUAAGGAAUGUUGAUGCUGGCAGGAGUGUUAAGGAAGCAAUCCUGAAGGAAAUCCCAACUGCUAAGGUUGAUAUUAUGCAGUUGGAUCUCAGUUCAAUGGCAUCAGUCAAGAAAUUUGCGUCAGAAUAUGUUUCUUCAGGCCUUCCACUGAACCUUCUGAUUAAUAAUGCAGGCAUUAUGAUGUGUCCUUACAUGCUCUCCACGGACAAAAUAGAGUUACAGUUUGCUACCAACCACGUUGGACAUUUUCUUUUGACACAUCUUUUGUUGGAUACAAUGAAAUCCACUGCUCGUGAGAGUAAUCAAGAAGGAAGGAUUAUUAUUGUAUCAUCUGAAGGUCACCGUUUGUCUUACAAGGAAGGAAUUCGUUUCGACAAGAUUAACAACGAAGCCGAAUACAACAACGUUCGUGCUUAUGGACAGGCAAAACUUGCGAACAUUCUUCACGCUAAUGAGCUUGCUAGGCGCCUUAAGGAAGAGGGAAAUAACAUAACUGCCAACUCACUUCACCCUGGAGUCAUUGCUACAAACCUUUAUCGUCAUACUGGUGUUAUUGCAACCAUUACAAAUGCCAUCAGUAGAUUUGUGCUGAAAAAUGUUCAGCAGGGAGCUGCUACUACAUGCUAUGUGGCACUGCAUCCAAAAGUGAAGGGGGUGACUGGAGAAUACUUCAGUGACAGCAACGUACACAAAACAAACUCUCAGGCUAAAGAUGAAGAAUUGGCAAAGAAGCUUUGGGAUUUCAGCUUGGAUUUGAUAAACCCUUUUUGCUAAAUGCUGCUUUCUAGUCAUAUUUGGUGGAAUCUUACUUCCCAUGUCUUUAGUCUUUACAAAACUUCAUAUAUACAUGCUCACAUAUGGAAUGGAACAGUAGAAGAUGUUUUUACUGUUCUAUUUGAGCAUUGCAAUUUUAUGAGUGCAACUUUUCUAGUCAUAUUUGGUUGAAUUCCACAGCUACUUUCCAUGGCUUUCUUGCACAAUUUACAUAUACAUUUUUUUGUUGCUUCGUCUCCAGAUGUUGUGUAUGGUUUGGUUGUCAUUUAAGUUAGCUAUUUCGCCGAAUAAAUGGUGCAGCUCUUUCAUUCUAGUUCUUUGUUCUCUGCUGAGGUCCUGGGUUUGCUAGUUACAUGUCCCGCUGCUACUAUUAUUAUCAGCGCACUAAAUCUUAACCUGAUCU